AUGAUACAUCCGUUACAUUCAACUUUACCAUGUGAUGAGGGGUGGGUCUACGAUGAUAGUCAAUAUAUAUCAACUGUAGUCACUGAUUUCGACCUUGUUUGCGAGAGGGAUGAUCUGAAUGAGAUUGCUCAAACCGUUUUCUAUGCUGGUUACCUCGUUGGAUCUCUAGUAUUUGGCGCUCUAUCCGAUGGGAUAGGACGAUGGUGGACGUUAGCUCUAUGCACAGCACUAAGGACGGUCAGCAGUGUGGCGUUGGCCUUUGCCCCGAACUGGUGGAUUUUCAUUAUACUUCGAUUCUUUCAAGGAAUGGCUCUUAUAUCAUGUUAUAUUAUCCUAUUCGUCAUAGGAACGGAAUAUGUUGGGCCAUCCAAACGGAAUAUCGCAGGAAUUUUGAUGUGCAUCCCGUACUCACUCGGUUAUAUGUUCCUAGCUCUCGUGGCUUACUUUGUAAGGGACUGGAGAACACUUCAACUUGUUGUCUCUGUUCCUCUUUCAUGCCUCGUCGCUCUCAUGAUAGUACUACCAGAAUCUGCUCGUUGGUUGAUAUCGAACGGAAAAUAUGACCACGCCAAGAAAAUUGUGAUGAAAAUUGCAAAAGUCAAUAAGAAGACCGCUCCAGAUCCCCUAUUUACAGAAGAAUUCAAAAUGGAACAGAAUGCUGCCCGCAAGGAAUCAAAACUAAGAGCUAUCGAUUUAUUUCGUACUCGCAAAGUCUGCUUCCGAACCUUGAAUAUGGUGUACAAUUGGAUGGCUCACAGUUUGAUAUAUACGGGCCUCUCACUAAACACUUCAAACCUCGGUGCCAAUGAUUACGCGGCCUUCGCCGUCGCAGGCGCGGUCGAGAUUCCAGCUUAUAUCAUCGCAAUGUUUACAGUGGAGUAUUUUGGGAGGAGACCAAGCCUUAUUGUAUUGGUACUGUUAGGAGGUGUGUCAUGUUUAUGCACAGCGCUCGUUCCUGCUGGCCUGUGGUUGACAACCAUUGCAAUGAUUGGUAAAUUCGGAAUAUCAGGAUCAUUUGGUAUAGUCUACCUGUACACGGCAGAGCUUUAUCCUACUAACAUCAGAACGAUCGCUGUUGGGACGUGCUCCAUGUUCUCUCGAGUAGCGACCAUGUUAGCGCCUUUCAUACUGACACUAGACAAACUAUGGGCUCCUUUGCCGCUUGUAAUCUUCGGCUCUCUGGCUGUUAUUGCUGGAUUUCUUGCAUUCUUUCUCCCUGAAACACGAGGAUUUGCACUUCCUGAAACAAGACUAGAAGGAGAAGACAUCGGACAUCAUACUCAUACCAGACUCUAAAUUCUAUGAUGAAAGGCCAAUAUGACAAUUCAUGGCGACCGUUUAAUAUAAUUCAUAUUCAUAUUCAUAUUCAUAUUCAUAUUCAUAUAAUGAUAUGAUAUGUGGUCUGAUGGACUAUAAUGGGGCAGGCAGGCCCAACUAACUGGGCCUAUUAACAAAUAUUCAAAUUAAGAAACAAGUAUCACAUAUUGCAGCGUCGGGGGGGGGGGGGCAGUUUGGUGAUUUAUGUUUCGCCGUUAGCUCAGUGUGGUGGCUUAUGUUCUCUACGUAUUUGAUAAUGAAUAACACACACAAAAUGUGUUGCAGCGCAUUACAUAAUACAUUUCUAUGCAUUUUACAUUAGAAACAAUAAUAAUCCAUAUUUAAGAAAUACAUUUAUACUUACGGAAAAUACAUGACAUUAAUUCUACAGUACCAUGGUAUCUUGGAUCUUGGAUCUUGGAUCUUGGAUUGGAUUCCUCCGGAACAUUCCACUAGGGAAUUUUAACUGGAGGUGUGGCUUUGAGUGGUCAGUUACUUUUGGCUUGUGGGUUUUAAAAAAAUGAACAGCUCUGCUUUGAAUGCAGAGGUAGUUUUGGCAGAAAUUACUGAAGACGGUAGGUUGUUCCAUUCCUUC